AAAAUUUUCCUUAUAUCUAACACCCUCCCUCCUUUCUCGACCCCCAUCUCUCUCUCUCUGUCUCUGAGGCACCACUUCUCUGCCACUUUCUCUCUCUAGACACACAUCGCAAACACAGAUAAUGGGUUUCCCUGUUGGUUAUACAGAGCUUUUACUCCCGAAAGCACUCAUUCACACGCUUUCCUUGCUGGGUUUCAUCAGAAAACUCAUUAACACCCUUUUUCGCUAUCUGGGUCUCCCCGAUUUCUCGGAGCCCGAUUUCGAUUGGCCCGACCAGCAACCCACCCGAAUCCCGGUCUCCCCGUCGAUGUCCGCGCUUUUUAUAUGCGAGAUCCUGCCUAUCGUCAAGUUCUCGGACCUGGUGGAUCCGCCCGACAGCUGCGCCGUCUGUUUGUACGAAUUCGAAAGCGAAGAUGAGAUCAGACCGUUGACGAAUUGCCGGCAUAUGUUCCAUCGGAGCUGCCUGGACCGUUGGAUGGGAUACGAUCAGAAGACUUGUCCGCUCUGCCGUACACCCUUUGUACCGGAUCAUCUGCAGGACGCUUUCAAUGAGAGGCUCUGGGGUACUUCUGGAAUUUCUGAAACUUUUGGGGACUAUUCGCAAAUUCCUGGUUUGUAUCAGGAUAUUAGUUAUUAGAUUUAAAUGAUAGAAAAAUAGAAACAAUUUUUUUUCUCCUUUUUUUGGGGUUUGGAUGGGGGGUUGUGUGUAAAUAUACAAGAAUCAUCGGUAAGGAAAAAAGAAAAGAAUGAAAAUUGAGUUGCUAGAAUAAGACCAAUUUUUUGUACAGUUUUUUUUUUUUUUUUUUUUUUUCCGCUUCUUCUCCCCAUUUUUUUGGGUAUAAUAAAUUGUCAAAUUUGAGUCUCAUAUUCAAUUGUCUCUAAUUUGUGGGUUCUAAUGUUUUUGGUGUAGAGUGGUUGCAUGAAGCAAAUUGAGUGGCCA